AUGGUAAAUCGUCUACUAAAUCCAAAUGAUUCUUCUACAUUUGGUAAGUCAUUACUGUUAAGAGUAGAUGGUGCCAUUGGUGCCAUGUCUCUAUCUCCAAACGGUAGAGACGCAGUUUUAGCAGGUAGAAGAGGAUUAUUCAUUAUAGAUAUGGAUGAUCCAUUUACUCCUCCGAGAUGGUUACAUCAUAUUACAUCUUGGGAAGUAGCAGAUGUUCAAUGGUCACCACAUUCAUUAAUUAAACCAUCAUGGUGUAUAUCAACUUCAAAUCAAAAAGCAUUAUUAUGGGAUUUAAGUCGACCUUCAAAUAAUGCAAUUGCCAAUAUUCUACAUGCACAUACAAGAGCAAUAUCAGAUAUUAAUUUCCAUCCUUCAGAUCCAGAAAUAUUAGCUACUUGUUCAAUUGAUACUUUUGCGUUAAGUUGGGAUAUGAGAGCUCCAAGAAAACCGGCAAAUAAAUGGGCAGAUUGGAGAGCUGGUGCUAUACAAGUUAAAUGGAACCAUGAAAAUCCAUAUGAAAUAGCUUCGUCUCAUGAUAAUUCUUUUUAUGUUUGGGAUACAAGAAAAGGUGCAUUACCAGUUGUUAAGGUAUCAAAAGCUCACGAAGGAAAAAUUAAUGGACUUGAUUUUACACAAGGUUUAAAAAAUGUUAUAACUUGUUCAAAUGAUAAUCAAAUUAAAUUUUGGGAUUUACUGAGUGGUAAAUCACAAAAGGCUAUUAGUGAGUUUAAUUAUUUUAGCAAUUCAUCAGAUGAUGCAUUCAAAGCAAGUGUAGUUAUUGAAACUGAUUUCCCUAUAUCCAGAGCUCGUACACUACCGUUUGGUACGGAUAAAGCAGUUGGUGUGAUGCCAUUAAGAGAUGGUCAAGAUUCAAUUCAUAUCAUAAAUUAUGAAGAUGCUUACAAGCAGUACCUUGCAACUAAUGAAACUCAAACUAUAUCUGGAGAAUUUGCAUAUUCAUUUAAAGGUCAUAGAGGUCCAAUAAAAGAUUUCUUAUGGAGAACUAAACAUGAAAAAUAUAAAUAUUUUGAGUCAAAACAAAAUUGGAAAGAUUAUCAAUUAGUGACUUGGUCAGAUAAAGAUGUUGAUCUAAAGUUAUGGCCAAGUGAUGAAAAAAUUUAUAAACUGGUGAAUUAUAAUCCUACAUUUUUGAAUGUAUUUAGAGAGGUUCAAGAUGGAGAAUUAUCAACAGAAAGAACUCCAAGUGAAGAAGAGUUACAAACUUAUGAAACAUUUUGUAGGGAACCAGAAGUUACAAUCGAUGAUGUUGCCAAAACUAAUGGAGGUGAUAUUCUAUCUGCUGUGACUUUAUAUCAAAUUGCUGAAAAACGAAAACAAUCAGGGUAUGAGUUUAGUCAACUUGAUCAUUUAGAUUGGAUUUCAGGUGUUAGAAUUGGUCAUACUUCAAGAGUUGAACGAAAAGAUAGUUCAACUUCAAUUGAAAAUGAAGGUCCAUCAAAUUUAGGUGAGGAAGUUAGUAUUGUUGGUCAUAAAUUUCCAUUUAUUAGAUUUGAAAAAAUCUCUGUAUCAACAGGUGAAUUAGUAAUAAGUUUGAAAGGUCCAACUGUUACUCCUGAAGUUCCUUUGGAGAAAAAAUCGUCGGUGGACUCAAUGGAAAUCGGGUAUCUUGAUACUGUGAAUUCGACAAAAGAUAAAAGCGUAUUAAGUGAAGAUGGAAAGGAGUUAGACAGAAAGAGUUUCACAGAUGGAAGUAUUAAAAAUGCUAAUAUUGACGAAAUCAUGGAAGAGCCAAUUGAACAAAAAUUAAUAUUUAUACGUCUUGCUAUUGAUUUUCCUCUAUCAUAUCCUUAUUUAGAGGAAGUUGAUGUUUCAAAAGGAACAUCCAGUAAAAGAGUUCAAAAAUUGAUCAAACAGAAUGAAAUUAAAUUUGAAAUUGAAGAAACUCAUGAAUUAAGUAAAGAAAUGAAAACAUUGAUGGAGAAUACUCUUAAUGAGAUAGCUAAUUUUUAUGCUAACAAAUACCAAAGAUUUUGUUUGGAACCAUGCUUGAGAUAUUUGUUGGGUGAGAAGAUUGAAUUAGAUGAUGAUUUAAUGAUUGAACAUAGAAGAGGUAGUGCUGAAGAUGAAUAUUUACCAGAAGUUGGAAAUGAAGGUUGGGUGGAUGAUUUGAUUAAUCAACAACCGGAUUUCAAUGGUUAUUCUUCUGGUGAAGACAACGAUCCAGGAUAUGGUGAUUUAAUACCUGCACUUCCUAACGUGCCAGCAGAUGCUGAAAUUAUUGGGCAAGAUUUAAUUGAAGCUGGUUCAAAUGUUGAACAAAAGCCACCUAAUUUUGACUCUACUCCUAUUCCAAAAGGUUGUGGUGCUGUUUGGAGUCCAACUGGAAAAUUGGUUUGUUUUUUCAUACCUAAAGCUAAUUCAGAAAUUGAUCAAGAAAAUAUUGAAACUCAAAAGAUUAAUAUUUUGAAAUUCAAUGAUAACGGAUUUAGUGUUAAAACACAUCAUUCACCGCAUCAAAAUCACGACUCAACAAUUUCAUCAGAUUCAGAGCUGGAAAAUUCUGAUUCUGAUGAUUUGAAAGAUGAUUCAGAUGCUCAAGAAAAUGAGAAUUCAUCUUCUGAUGAAGACUUUGAAGACGAUCUCGAGGAGUUGUUGAAACAAGAUUCAUCGGUUAGGAACAGAAUGCCUGGUUUAUUACGUUCAAGUUUUGGAUUAGGUAGUAGAUUUGUCAAUAAUGAUGAUAGUCAUAAAUCAUCAUUGAAGAAAUUGACAAGUCAUGGUGAAUCAUUAUCAAAUUAUAAAUCUUCUUUGAAAGGAGACAAAAAGAAAUCUAAUGGUAAAAAUAAGAAUAUAGUUGGAAUCAUUGAUUUUAGUCAUUUGCUACCUGAUAGAUUAGAUUUAGCAAAAGAAUAUAAAGUUAUAGGAGAUAGUCCUGAAAAUUUAGCUGCAUUUAAUUCCAAAGUGGCAUUCAAGCAUGAUUUAAAAGAAAUUGGUGAGGUUUGGAAAAUAUUGGAAAUAUUAUUAAAUAAUAGUGCUGCUGGCGGCAUUAAUCCAAACAUUCCUAGUCAAUUAAAUCACAUUAAAGGUAAAAAUUUGUCCAUGUGGGGAUCACAUCCGUUUGGAUAUACUUGGCUCAUACAAGAAAUUUUUGAAUAUUUCAUCAAACAGCAAAACACCCAAAUGUUGGCCAUGAUGUCAUGUCUACUCCAUCAAAGCCCACACAUUUUAAGACAUACUAGAUCAUUUGAGUUACUUUAUUCUACGCAGGAUCAAUUUGACAGACGAUCAAGAAAUACUGAUGGAAGCACAAUCAAUGAUGAAAAAUCUGAAAUCACAUAUAACGAUUCUCAUAGCAUUGAACUGUCCUAUAGAAGGAAAGAAUCAAGAAUUAAUAAUUAUUACAAUCAUUCAAUAAAUUCAUCCACAGAUAAUUUAAGUUCGAGAACAGAUUCUCCAGACAAAUUUAGUUACAUGAAAAAGUUUGGUCCACCAUUAAAUUCACUCAACACAAAAAAUCAUUCACAGGGCUCAUUAAUUGAACCUGAAAUAAAAACACCAACACCAAAAAAAGUGAGUAAAGGAAUAACUGAAAAAACUAGAUUGAAUAGAAAAUUUGUAGCAACGAAAUUGAAAGUUGACCCACCACCAGAGGUUACUUUUGAAUUGCAGAAUGUUGAGGAAUUAGAUAUAUUUGAAGAAUCUAUACCCAAUAACCUACCGGAUUGUUUAAGUGAUGAGAAGAUGAAAAUGUACAGAUCGAUGUAUGCCGAGACUUUGUACGAUUGGAAUUUACCAGUCAAAAGAUUAGAAAUAUUAAAAUUUAAUUAUGAAAAUGAAACGAAGUCAGAAUCAAUUUUUUCAACUCAUGUUUGUAAAAUAGGGUUAAGAAAAAGAAAUAAGCAAACACCUAAUCAAAUUUUCAUAAACACUGUUUCCUCCGUUAUAAUGAGAAAACCAAAUGCUUGGAAUACAAACAAAAGACAAUUAAUAAAAUAUUGUACAUUAUGUAAUUUAGCAGCUACAAAAAAUUUCACAUUAUGCGGAAAUUGUGAGCAUAUUUUACAUACGGAUUGUGCAAGUGAAUGGUGGUCAGAAGAAAAUCAAGAGUGUGCAAGUGGUUGUGGUUGUAAUUGUUUACAACAAUCUAUUUAUCAUUGA